AUGGUGUACGAGCCCUACAACAACACGCUCGAGUACUUCCCGUUGAUGGGCGAGGACUGCUCCUUCCUCAUCCCAUUCGCAGGAGCAACACGACCCACAUCGACGAUCACCUUCAUCAUAACCGUGCUCGUAGCAGUGUUGUUGGCUCUCAGCUUUAGCGUCGGAGACGACUGA